AUGGUCGCCAUACCUACUCUCUCUCUCCUAGUGGUGCUGGUAGAGUGGGCAGGUCUGCUGGACGCCUCCCCCCACCUCCUGCUCCGGCCCAGCCCACGGGAACGCGAUGCAGGGGCCAUUAUGAACUUCAACAUUGCAGUGAUCCACGCCGGCGCCACGGUGCAGGCCGAGGCAGCUGUGGCGGGGCCUGCGGGGCGAGUGCUGUACCCGGGCUUUGGUCGGGUCUAUGGGUCUUUAGGAGAGAGUGUGGUCACCCAGUGGGGCUCUGCGAACGUCAUCUGGCUACAGGUGAAUGACAGUAGUCCAAAGACUGUGCUGUCCCAGCUGUGUGAGCUCCUGGCUGCACGGCCCCUGCAGGGUCUGGUGUAUGAAGAGGAGAGGCCCCCACGCACUGCCUGGGGCCCACUGGCCCCAAUGCUGGAGUUUGUCUCAGCUCAAACUGGACUGCCCAUAGUGGCAGUAGGAGGGGGAGCUGGGCUGGGGAGAAUGCCACAGGAAACAGGUUCCAUCUUUCUCCAGUUCAGCUCGUCCACCGCGUUGCAGCUGGAGGUCAUCUUCGAGGUGCUGGAGGAGUAUGACUGGACCUCCUUCUCGGUGGUAUCCACGCGUCACCAUGGAUACCAGGACUUCCUGUCAGUGGUGGAGGGCCUGACGGACGGCUCAUUCAUCGGUUGGGAGAAGAAGAGUGUGGUGAUCCUGAACGUGACCGAUGACCCAGGGGGGGCUCGCACGCGCAGACUGCUGAAGGAGAACGAGGCGCAGGAGGAGGCUGAGCUGGUGUUCCGGGCGGCCUGGGCAGCUGGUCAGGCUGGGGCUUCUCACAUGUGGUUUGCAGUGGGUCCGGCUCUGUCCGGGCUGAGCAUGGACACCAUGCCCAGGGCGUUGUUUGCAGUGCGGCCCCAGGGCUGGAGGGACGAGCCUCGACGUAGAAUCGCCCGCGGGGUGUCUGUGCUUACUCAUGGAGCGGUGGCCAUGCGGAAGGACUAUGGAACCACAGGAGGGCCAAACUUUGUCACCAACUGCAUGACUGAUGCCAACCAGACCCAGAGACUACGAGGCCGGAUGAGGUACUUCAGCAACAUUACACUUGGUGGCAGGGACUACUCCUUCAACGGCGACGGAUACCUGUCCAACCCCUUCCUUGAUGUUAUUUCCUGGACUCCUGGACGUGGAUGGGAAGAUGUAGGCUGGUGGGAGAACGGGGUGCUGCGGCUCCGGUACCCGGCCUGGUCUCGGUACGGGCCCUUCCUCAAACCCCCGGAUGAUGCUCAGCACCUGCGCGUGGUUACUCUGGAGGAGCGGCCCUUCGUCAUUGUGGAGCUGGCUGAUGCCGCCUCUGGGACCUGCAUCCGGGACUCGGUCCCCUGCAGAAGGCCUCUCAAUGCCAGUGCCAUCCAUGAAGGCGUGGCCCCCCUGAAGCAGUGCUGUAAGGGCUUCUGCAUCGACAUCCUCAAGAGGCUGGCUAAGAUUGUGGGCUUCACCUACGACUUGUACCUGGUAACCAACGGGAAACACGGGAAGAAGAUCGAUGGAGUGUGGAACGGCAUGAUUGGAGAGGUGGUGUACAAGCGAGCGGACAUGGCCAUCGGGUCUUUGACUAUCAACGAGGAGAGGUCCGAGGUCGUGGAUUUCUCUGUUCCUUUCGUGGAGACGGGAAUCAGCGUGAUGGUCUCCCGUAGCAACGGCACUGUUUCACCAUCCGCCUUCUUAGAGCCCUACAGUCCUGCUGUGUGGGUGAUGAUGUUCGUCAUGUGUCUGACCGUUGUGGCUGUGACCGUCUUCAUCUUUGAGUUCUUCAGUCCUGUGGGCUACAACCGCAGCCUUCAGACAAGUAAAAAGACUGGAGGGUCGACUUUCACCAUUGGGAAGUCAGUGUGGCUUUUGUGGGCCAUUGUUUUCAACAACUCGGUGCCGGUGGAGAACCCCAGAGGAACCACCAGCAAGAUCAUGGUUCUGAUCUGGGCCUUCUUUGCCGUCAUAUUCCUGGCCUCGUACACUGCCAACCUGGCUGCCUUUAUGAUCCAGGAGGAGUACAUCGAUACUGUGUCUGGCCUCUCGGACAAGAAGCAUCCCGAGGAGCAGUACCCGCCCCUGAAGUUUGGCACCGUUCCCAACGGUAGCACAGAGAAAAAUAUUCGCUCCAACUACCCAGGCAUGCACCAGUACAUGGGCAAGUACAACCAGAGAGGGGUGGAAGACGCCAUUGUCAACCUCAAGACUGGGAAACUAGACGCUUUUAUUUACGACGCUGCAGUGUUGAAUUAUAUGGCCAGGAAGGACGAAGGUUGUAAGGUGAUGACCAUAGGCUCGGGGAAGGUAUUUGCCACCACAGGCUACGGUAUCGCCUUGCACAAGAACUCUCGCUGGAAACGUCCUCUUGACCUGGCUCUGCUGCAGCUGGUGGGAGAUGAUGAAAUUGAAAUGCUGGAGCGUCUUUGGCUGUCUGGGAUUUGUCACAACGACAAAAUCGAGGUGAUGAGCAGUAAACUGGAUAUUGACAACAUGGCGGGGGUCUUCUACAUGCUCCUGGUGGCCAUGGGGCUCAGCUUGCUGGUGUUUGCUUGGGAACAUUUGGUUUAUUGGAAGCUGCGCCACUGCAUAGCCACCAACUCUGGGAAACUGGACUUUCUCCUGGCCAUCAGCAGGGGCAUGUAUAGCUGCUGCAGCUUUGAGGAUGAAACAGCACCACCUGGUCCAAAGACUAUGCCCUCUCAUCACCACGCAGCAAUGGUGACUGUUCCAUCCCAGGCUCACGUUGUGUCCACAUCUAUGACCAGCCCAGCCAUUGCGCUGACCCAACAGCAGCCACCACCACAGCAGCAGCAGCAACCGACCCAACCCGUCUAUAAAUCACCUCUCCCAGGCUCCCCUCCCACCGUGCUGCACUCGGGAUCAUCCCUUGGCCCUCCAAACAAUCCUAUUGCUGGUGCACCUCUCCCCUGCUCCACCUUCUUGCCCCGACCAGAUCGUCGACUGGCGGUGGUUGAUCGAUGGAGGCUGCCUAAAUCUGCCACUGCAACCAAUCCUCUGGCUCUAAGGGGUGGGAUCACCGACAUGGGACCGUUUGCUCAGAAAGUCCCUUCGAACUGGCCUUCAUCUGCUGGAGGAGGCGGGGGACUGGAUGGCUAUAAGCGCUACUAUGGUCCCAUUGACCCUGAGGGACUGGGGCCCUGCAUGGAGCAGCAGGCAGGGUCCCAGACCCCCAAGACUAUACCUCGGGGCCACCCCCAGCCUCCCCCUGCCAGUGUGGCCUUCUACUCAGAGAAGGGCUUGGACCAUGGGGUGGGGAAGAGGGCUGUAGGGGGUAGCAGUGGAGGUCCGGGCAAAGGGGGGACUAAAGCUUUGGCCACACCAAGACUGCCUCCAAAGAGCCAGGCCCCUCUGCCUCCCACACCUCCGCUGCCACACCCCUCUCCCCCUCUCCCCUCAUCCUUCUGGAGGAAACGACGGCCCAAGAAGCCCAAAGAGCCUGGGGGGCCGCUCUACGAGAACAUCUUGCCACUGGGACGGAGGGGCGGGGCACGGGACAUUGUGAGGGAGGGAGGAGCGAGAAAAGGAAGGCCCUUGUCUCCUCCCCUCUCACUCCCAAUGCCUGUGCCCAUCAGCCCAACUUACACCCCUCCCUCCCCAUCAGCGUCCCUGCACUACACCACCACCACCUCCUCAUCCUCUUCCUCGUCCUCGUCCACGUCCUCCUCGGCCUCCACGUCGCGCUCCACCUCGCCCACGUACUCGUACAGCUCGUCCCGCAGCACACGGGACCGCACCGGGGGCAUCGACGCAGAGGACGACGAUGACGAUGAGGAGCUGACAGAGGAGUCCAGUCUCCUGUUAGGUAGAGGCAGGGACAGAGAGCGUUCAGUCAUACGCCCUCGAUCCCUGAGCCACGGGCGCCUGCCGCCUCCUGUACCUCCCAGGAAACCACGCACGUCCUGGGGCGACCGAGACAGGGUUCGGGAGAGAGAUAGGGUAGGAAGCCAGUUGUCCCAGCUCCAGGAAUGGUGGGCCAGUUGGAAUGAGAGGGAACGGGGUGGUUUAGGCGACACUGACAGACAGAAACGUGAUAAAAAGAGGAGAAAGGAUAAGGAGAAAGAGAAGAAGAAAAAGAAAAAGAAUAAGAAGAGAAAAAAAAGGGAGGAGCGAGAAAGGGAGAGGGAGAGGGAACGAAAGCGCAGGAAAGUCAAAAAGAAGAAAAAGAAAGCAAUCAAAACUAAAAAGCAUAAAAAAUCCCCUGGGGGAAAGCGCAGCGAGCCCGAGGAGGGUGACGUCGAGGGAGACAGGGAGGGGGAGGCGGAGGGGGUGAGGGAGGGCGGCAUCCCGGAUUACCCCUCCUUCCCAGCACAGUACAGGGGCACAUUCGCAGAGAAGGUGCGCGACUCGUGGGACGGGGACAGGGCGAGAAGGGAGGGGACAGAUGAGGGCAAUGACAGAGAGGAAGAAGACAGCAGCCGGAGCAGAGAGAGGCGGCCCAAGUCCUCACACUCGCGACCUGCACACCGCACCCCAAAGCGCUAUCCAAACCUCAACAAGCUCCCCGCGUCCGUCAAGUUCUGGGUCAACGGGAGGGAGGGCGUCUCGAACACCACGCCAACAUCCAUCCACCCGCUCCUCCCGUCUACCAAGAGACGGAGGAGCGGAGGGAUGGACCGGGAGGACGGCGGCCGGCAAGGGGAACGUCGGCCACUGCUGAUGCGUUUUGAGAAGGAUAAAGCACAGACGAGAGAGGGGCUGUCGUUCCCCGAGUGGGAUUCAGACGAUAAUGAUGAGGAUGAUGGCGAGGAGGAGGAGGAGGAGAGGGGCAGGAGGACAGGCAGGGGGGCAGUGUCCGAGUCGGAAAGGGACAGAGUCAGGGUAGAGGACAGUUAUUCGGAUGAGGGCUCAUCAGGUGAGUUUGGACGUUUUGAGAGGUACUGGGAAGGGGGCGCAGGGGGCAGUAGCUCUGGGAUCGGGGGCAUAGGUGGAGGUGGUUGGUUCUUUGGAACUUACCCCUCCAGAGAAAAAGGAGGUAGUGUGAACAGCCGAGACGACUCCCUGCUGGGCACUCGUGCGGAGGGUUGGAUCGCGACGGAUUUUUGGGGGUCUGGAGGACCGGGCGGGGGCUGGGGGUCCGGAGGAGGAAGUGGUGGACUGGGGUCACAGUGGCCCCCACCCCCAGUAGGUUUCCUACCACCAAGAAGGUACUGGUCCAUGGACAAGAUCCCAGUGAAGGGGGAGAAGAGGUGGAAAGGUGGGAAGAGUAAGACGUCUCGGGACAGAGAUGAGCCCGGACGCUCCACCAUGUGCUCGUGUAGCCUAUACUCCCACCCUCACCCCUAUCCACAUGCACACGACCGCUCGCACACCUCCCACAGCAAGAGAGGAGCCACUACACUGUCCCAUAGUCAGGAGGAGCUUCUGCCGCACUGUCACAGCUUCAGCGGUGGCUCUCGACCUAAGCCUCUCCCCCCAAAACCUGACGCAGGUCAGUCCAAAUCAGGCAGCCAAUCUAACCUCAGCCUCGGUGCACAGCCUGCUGACCACCCGGCUCAAGCCUCUCCAUCGCCGCCUCAUCAGCCCUCCCUGUCCCCCACAUCACUCCCCAUGCCCAUCGUCCCUCCCCCCUCGUCGGCCUCUGUCUCUCCUCCUCCAGGGGUGGGGAUGGUGAGCCAAGGACAGGCUCCGGCUUCUUCCAGUGCCAAACUUCAGUACCAGAGACUGCGCUCUGUGCCACAGCCACGGAGGUUUUACUCCCCUCACCUGCCGCUCAAAGCCAAGAGCCUGUGCUCACGUAGAGGCUCCGCCCACUUCUCUAGCCUGGAGAGCGAGUUCUCCUCCCCUCCCCGAGUCACAACUGUGGAUAAGAUAGUCUCCAGUCUGUUCACCACUGUUUCCUCACCCAAGACACCACGACCCGUUGGCUGGUGGCUGUCCGGAGUAGCCAAGAAAAGCAAAAUCGCAAGCACUAUGUCCACCCCGGUCUCCCCUUCCCCGAUGCUCCCUCCUCUAAACCUGGCCUCCCCCACAUCCCCCCCUUCAGCUGGGACCAGUCCCCUGCCCACCCCCCUCUCCCCCCCGCCCCGCGUGCCUGUAUUCCAGAGGAAGGGGGCGCUGAAACACAAGCGCAUUGUGGAGGUGAAGGACCACCAGUUCACUGCACGCUUCUUCAAGCAGCCCACCUUCUGCAGCCACUGCACUGACUUCAUCUGGGGCAUCGGCAAACAAGGAUUCCAAUGUCAAGUUUGCAGUUUCGUGGUGCACAAACGAUGUCACGAGUUUGUGACCUUCACUUGCCCCGGCUCGGUGACGGCUCCGCGGCCAGAUGACCUGAAAAGUCGACACACGUUCAAAGUGCAAACAUACUCCAGUCCGACGUUCUGUGACCACUGCGGCUCCCUGCUCUACGGCCUCAUCCACCAGGGCAUGAAGUGCACCAGCUGUGACAUGAACGUGCAUCGGCGCUGUGAGACCAGUGUUCCCAGUCUGUGCGGACAAGACCACACUGAGAAGAGGGGCCGCAUCCAUCUGACCAUCCGCGGAGAAGCCGAGGACGUGUACGUCACAGUGAGGGAAGCUCGUAACCUGAUGCCCAUGGACCCUAAUGGCCUGUCAGACCCCUACGUUAAACUCAAAUUGAUUCCAGACCCGAAGAGCCACAGCAAACAGAAGACCAAGACCAUCCGCUCCACUCUCAAUCCGGUGUGGAAUGAGAGCUUCACCUUUUCAGUGCGCGGACACCAGUGGGACCGGCGCCUGUCAGUAGAGGUGUGGGACUGGGACCGCACUUCCCGGAAUGACUUCAUGGGGGCGCUGUCCUUUGGAGUGAGUGAGAUUUUCAGACGGCCCAUCUGCGGCUGGUUCAAGCUCUUGGCUCAGGACGAAGGAGAGUAUUACAACAUCCCUGUGCCCGACCCGGAUCUGGAGGAGCCUCAGCCUGAUGUCCUACCUGUGGGCCCCGUGUCCCCUGUCACCGCCCCCCUGGAGAGCACUCCUGGACCCAUGAGCCCCUCCUCCAUCGCCCUGCACCCAUGUGUCCCAGUGCAGUGUCUGAGCCCUGGCAAGCACAAGGUCACCAUCCACGACUUCAACUUCCUCAUGGUGCUGGGCAAAGGCAGCUUUGGCAAGGUGCUGCUGGCGGAGGAGCGGGGCAGUGAGCGUCUGUUUGCUGUGAAGGUUUUGAAGAAGGACGUUCUGCUGCAGGACGAGGACACGGAGAGCGCCAUGGUGGAGCGCAGGGUCCUGGGUUUGAACUCGCGGCCGCACUUCCUCACGGCUCUGUACUGCGCCUUCCAGACCGAGGACCGACUCUACUAUGUGAUGGAAUAUGUGAACGGAGGAGACCUGAUGUUUCAUAUCCAGAUCGUGGGGAAGUUCAAAGAGCCUCAUGCAACGUUCUACGCAGCUGAGAUCGCCGUGGGCCUGUUCUUCCUUCACAGCAGAGGCAUCAUCUAUAGAGAUCUGAAGCUGGAUAACGUGCUCCUGGACAGCGAGGGCCACAUAAAGAUUGCUGACUUCGGCAUGUGCAGGGAGGGCAUGUUUGAGGGGGACAACACACACACUUUCUGCGGGACGCCUGAUUACAUCGCCCCAGAGAUCGUGGCGUAUCAGCCGUACAACAAAGCCGUAGACUGGUGGUCGUACGGCGUUCUGCUGUAUGAGAUGCUGGCGGGACAGCCUCCGUUUGAUGGUAUCGACGAGGAGGAGCUGUUCCAGUCCAUCAUGGAGCAGAGCGUGUCCUAUCCCAAGAGUCUGUCGCAUGAAGCCGUCGCUAUCUGCAAAGGACUGCUGACCAAACACCCGGCCAAGCGCCUGGGCGGCGGGGAGGACGGCGAGCGGGACCUCAGGGAUCACGUGUUCUUCCGCUGGAUCGACUGGGACCGACUGGAGAGACUGGAGAUCCCGCCCCCUUUCAAGCCCAGAGCUGGUGGAAGAAAAGGAGAAAACUUUGACCAGUUCUUCACUGGGGCUCCGGCGGUGCUCACUCCCUCCGACCCCGAUGUCCUCGCUGCCAUCAAUCAGGAAGACUUUGAAGGCUUCUCGUACCAGAACCCAAACUACGCUCCUUCUCCUCUCACUGCUGUUUGA